AUGGCAGUCCAGUCCACCUUGUCCGACCGCUUCUCACCCAGGAGAAUCAUUCCCGAAACCGUCUUCAACCCUCUCAUCACAGGUGCCUUGCUCGUCUACACCCGACGCAACCCAUCGGUGCUCCAGGCGCUCCCCUGGCCACCAAGCACGAUGACCCUGACACUACCCUUCCAACUGCCAUUCAACCUCCCCAACAGCGUCAAUCUCAAAGCCACGCCACCGCUAAAGACGCUGAAAUAUCUCUUCGCCUUUGGCCUGCUCGUGCACAUCAACCGGAUCCUCAGCCGCAUGGCCUUGAACUACUGGCACGUGCAGAAACAGGGCGUGCCGUGGGAUUUCCAGACAGCGGGCAAAGAAACCAUCUUGAUCACGGGUGGGUGUUCGGGAUUUGGAAAGGAGAUGGUCAGGAUGUUCGCCGAGCAGACCAAGGCCAAGAUCAUCGUGCUGGACAUUCAGGAGUUGCCGGAUGAUCUGAAGAACAUCCAACGCUUAUCCUACUAUAAAGCCGACCUGACCUCGACAUCCUCGAUAGUCGAGGCCGUGGAACUUAUCUGUCGCGAUGCUACACCAACGGUGCUGAUCAACAAUGCCGGGAUCGCGCAGGCCCACACGAUCCUCGACACCAGCGACGCCUGGCUCGAGAAGAUCUUCCGUGUCAACCUCCUUAGCCACUUUACGCUGAUCCGCCUACUCUUGCCCAAGAUGAUGGCGCAGCGUAAAGGCCACAUCGUGUCCAUAGCUAGCAUGGCCAGCUAUACAGGAUGCGCGAGCCUCGCCGACUACUGCGCCACAAAGGCCGGCGUGCUGGGCAUGCACGAGUCCCUCGUCGCCGAGCUGGGGACCCGUUACAAGGACCAAGGCGGCCACUGCAUCCAAGCAUCCAUCGUGCACCCCAUGUGGGCGCGCACGCCGCUGGUCGGGUCGUGGGAGAGGGAACUGUCCAGGUCUCGGGCGUCGGUCCUGGAGCCGUGGGAGGUCGCGGCGAGAGUGGUCAGGCAGGUCCUACGCGGGAGGAGCGGGAGUGUCUACGUCCCCGAGAAGUUCUGGGUCGGCAGUCUGCUGAGAGGGCUUCCGGACUGGGUGGGCGUCAAGUCCAGGAUGGGCACGGCACGGGCAACGGCGACGACUCCUGAUUCUACACCGUAG